AUGAUUAAGAUGAUUGAUUUAGAGACUAUGAUUGCCAUUGGCGGCGGCUUACUGAUCGCGGCCUUUCUGGGGAUGUGCUCAGAGUGUUCUCAGCUGGUGGCUCUGUGUGUCACCGCUGCUCUGCUGUCCCUUGACCUCGCUGAGGUGACCCUCAGCUGGUUAAAUCAGUGCAGUGGCUGGGCCCUCCCGCUGCCCCAGGCUGCAGACGGGACUGCGGGCGAGGCAGCCUCGUGUUCACACAGAGCACGGGCUGAAUCCGUCUCCUCUGGCCUGAGCUGGGGAGCCCUCAGUGUGUCCUCUCACUCACUGCCAUGGCCUUGGGGUCAGGGAGGAAAAUAUGACAGCCAGCGGCAUCGACACAAAAGGCAGGCGCCUCGGUUUGGAAGAAGGCCGUCCUGGGACAGCCACCUCCUCGCCCUCCGCUGCCAGGCACCUAAGGACAAGCUUCCGAGAGCCGCGCGGUGCCGAGUGUCGUCAAAAGAGGGGUGCGCUCCCCUGCAGUGCCCCAGCCCUGUCUGGGAAGUACAGACUCGCCCCGUGCAGCUCAGUGGCCUCCUGACUGUUCUUUCCAGGUGUUCUCGGGCCCCUGAGGGCAGGAGCGGUGCUAGCUCUGAUCCCAGGCACGAGAGAGGGCCUGGAGCUCAUCAGGUGUCGGGCAGUGACUCCAAUCACAGCUUCGCAGUGCGGGCACCCUCUCCACCAGGUGGACCUCGGAACGCACAGCAGUAACCUUGUGAACAAUGCUGAACAAUGUUAUUUUGCUUAUU